GGCGCGGGACGGGCACGUGAGAGCCAGCACCGGCGGCACCGGCCUGGGGUCCUACGGCAAAAUGUCGGGGAUCCCGGGGGCCACGGUGCGGAGCAUCCGCCCCUACAAGUCAAGCGAGCAGUACCUCUACGCCAUGAAGGAGGACUUGGCCGAGUGGCUCAAGGAGCUCUACGCCCUGGACAUCGAGGUGGGCACCUUCGUGGAGGUGCUGGAGACGGGCGCCGUGCUCUGCUCCCAUGCCAACAAUGUCACCCAUGUGGCCGGCGAGUUCGCCCGCGCCUGCCCCGACCUGGCCCGCAGCCUCCGCCUGCCCACCGCCGGGGUCACCUACAACCACGCGGCCCAGCCGGGCACCUUCCAGGCCAGGGACAACGUCUCCAACUUCAUCCAGUGGUGCAGGAAGGAGAUGGGUAUUAAAGAGGUCCUGAUGUUCGAGACGGACGACCUGGUGCUGAGGAAGAACGAGAAGAAUUUUGUGCUGUGCCUGCUGGAGCUGGCGCGCCGGGCGUCCCGCUUCGGCAUGAGCGCCCCAACCCUCAUCCAGAUGGAGGAGGAGAUCGAGGAGGAGCUGUGCCAGGAGCUGGACCUGCCGCCGCAGGAGGCGCCGCCGCCCCGGCCCCCGCGGAGACCCUGGGACCUCCAGAACCUGGAUCAGAUGGUCCAGUGCCUGGUGAGCCGCUGCACCUGCCCCGUGCAGUUCGCCAUGCUCAAGAUGUCGGAGGGGAAAUACCGCGUGGGAGACUCCAGCACCCUCAUCUUUGUCCGGAUCCUGCGCAGCCACGUCAUGGUGCGGGUCGGCGGCGGCUGGGACACGCUGGAGCACUACCUGGACAAGCACGACCCGUGCCGCUGCACCUCGCUGUCUCACAAACAGGCCUCAAAACCCGGCGGCGCCCAGCGGCAAGUGCAGCACGAGGUCCGGCUCUGCCCGCCGGCGGCCGGCCCCGGCCAGCCCCAGCCCCAGCCCCACGGCCAGCCCCAGCCCGCCCUGGUGGUCAGCCGCUCGCAGAGCCCGCUGCCCCCCGUCGCCUGGGGCACCUACGCGCCCCCGGGCCGCCAGCCCCGCUCGCCCCCGGCGCUGAGCCCUCGCCGGGAGACGCGCCGGGGCCCCGCUCCGGGCCGGCCGGCGCCCGGCAGGGGCUACGCCGGCGUCGUGCGGGAGCUGUCCCGGGGCCGGCGGCCCCUGCGCCCCGUGGAGCUGAGCUCCUGGAUUGCCAAACCCCUCCCCGGAGCUGCUCCGGGGCUGGCCGCGCUCCCGGGUGGGGGGGCCGCGGCAGCCCCGGAGGGGCCGGGGGCCCCGGGCACGGCGCCCGGGCGGUGCGGGGGUCCGGCCGGCGAGGGCGCGGGGCCCCCCGCCGCCCCCCGGCCGCCGCCGGCGAAGCCCCGGCGGUGCCUGCGCAAGCCCGACCGCGUGCCCUCCAUCUACAAGCUGAAGCUGCGCCCCAAGGUGCGGCCGCGGCGGGACCACCGGCCCGGCCAGCGCCCCUCGCGCAUCCCCACGCCGCUGGGGCGCCCGGAGGCUUCCCAAGCUGGCAGAGCGAAGCACCCUUGGGUGAUCGCCCUGGAAGAGGAAAUCCUGCAGUUCGCGACACAAGCGACGCAGACAGCGAGCCGGCUACGGAGCAAGGCGGGACAGACCUGA